CGACUACGUGGGAGUCCAGCCACAUAACCAUGAUAUCAUCAGAUGGCCCCACUCAUCCAGUAUUAUUAAUGGACUCAAUCCAUCUAAUGAAGAAUAACAGUUUCUGUCCUCACCCCUGUCUGGAGCUGCUGCCCGGAGCCCAGCCUACCCAACCCUCUGCCAUCUUUCCCUUCUCUGUGAUAUGAGCUCGGUUUCCUCAUCUAUAACAUGGGGAAAGGAUCUCUGUUCUGAAGAGUCAAAAGGUUGACUGUAUCCUGUAAAGUACUGGAAACAUCCGACGAGGAGGUGACCACCCCUCCAAGGGAAGCCUGUUAAAGGGCUAGAAGACCCUCCAGGUGAGCCCAUUUGCCUCCGGCGAGGCGGCGCGGCGUGACAUUCCUCCUCCGCAACAACAGAGGGCGAUGUGACCUUCUGCAGGCCCGUCCGACCACGGAGGCGGCGCUCUGGCCCCGGAAGUCUUUCCCCUCCACGUGGGGACGCAGGAUGGCGGCGGCUGUGGCGGACGAGGCGGCGGCGGCGCGCGACGUGCAGCGGCUGCUGGUGCAGUUCCAGGAUGAGGGCGGGCAGCUGCUGGGCUCUCCGUUCGACGUGCCCGUGGACAUCACCCCGGACAGGCUGCGGCUCGUGUGCAACGCGCUGCUGGCCCAGGAAGAUCCCCUGCCGUUGGCUUUCUAUGUCCAUGAUGCCGAGAUCGUCUCCUCACUGGAGAAGACUCUGGAGUCCCAAGCAGUGGAAACAGAGAAGGUCGUAGACAUCAUCUACCAGCCCCAGGCUAUCUUCAAGGUCCGGGCUGUGACCCGCUGCACCAGCUCGUUAGAGGGCCACAGUGAGGCGGUCAUCUCUGUGGCCUUCAGUCCCACGGGAAAGUACCUAGCCAGUGGCUCUGGAGACACUACUGUGCGCUUUUGGGAUCUCAGCACAGAGACGCCACAUUUCACUUGCAAGGGACACAGACAUUGGGUCCUUAGCAUAUCCUGGUCCCCAGAUGGCAAGAAGCUGGCCUCAGGCUGCAAGAAUGGCCAGAUUCUCCUGUGGGACCCAAGCACAGGGAAGCAGGUGGGCAGGACCCUUGCCGGCCACAGCAAGUGGAUCACGGGCCUGAGCUGGGAACCCCUCCAUGCGAACCCUGAGUGCCGCUACGUGGCCAGCAGCUCCAAAGAUGGCAGCGUGCGAGUCUGGGACACAACCUCUGGCCGCUGUGAGCGCAUCCUCACCGGGCACACCCAGUCGGUCACCUGUCUCCGGUGGGGAGGGGAUGGGCUUCUCUACUCUGCCUCCCAAGACCGCACCAUCAAAGUCUGGAGGGCUCAGGAUGGUGUGCUGUGCCGGACUCUGCAAGGCCAUGGCCACUGGGUGAACACCAUGGCACUCAGCACUGACUACGCCCUGCGCACAGGGGCCUUUGAACCCGCUGAGGCCUCAGUUAAUGCCCAGGAUGUCCAGGGGUCCUUGCAGGAGUUGAAGGAGAGGGCACUGAGCCGAUACAACCUCGUGCGGGGCCAGGGCCCAGAGAGGCUGGUCUCUGGCUCAGAUUACUUCACCUUAUUCCUGUGGUCCCCAGCAGAGGACAAGAAGCCACUGGCACGGAUGACAGGACACCAGGCCCUCGUCAACCAGGUGCUCUUCUCACCUGACUCCCGCCUCGUGGCCAGUGCCUCCUUCGACAAGUCCAUCAAGCUGUGGGAUGGCAGGACGGGCAAGUACCUGGCCUCCCUGCGUGGCCACGUGGCUGCCGUGUACCAGAUUGCGUGGUCAGCUGACAGCCGGCUGUUGGUCAGCGGCAGCAGUGACAGCACACUGAAGGUGUGGGAUGUGAAGACCCAGAAGCUGGCCAUAGACUUGCCAGGCCACGCGGAUGAGGUUUAUGCUGUCGACUGGAGUCCAGAUGGCCAGAGAGUGGCCAGUGGCGGGAAGGACAAGUGCCUCCGGAUAUGGAGGAGAUGAAAAGCCCCACAGCUCUCCCGGCUCCCACCUGGACUGCACCCCUGCAGCUGCCUGCCCUGCCGGAGAACCAGGGCAGGGGUUGGCAGUGCACAUUUCCCCUCACCAGUGGUGACCUGAGAACAUGCAGCCUGCUGUCGACAGACCUCUGGGAUGUCUCCCCACAGGGCCCCGCCUGUGCCAGACUCUGAGGCAGAAAUCAAGGGGUACAGGAGGUUAUCCCCAAACUCAGCCAGGGCUGCCACCUUGCUGGCACUGGCGGUGGGAGGAGCCAGCCCUAUGCCUGGGUCUUUGCUACCCUGCUCCUUCCCAAACGCAGCUCUGC